AAAGAAUGUCGUGAAUGGUCGAUAAAUGGGGUCUAUGUACAUCAGGGAUAGUUGUGAUUUAUUUCGUAAAUUUUGUAGAAAAACUACAACGUUCAAGAACUUAAAUCACCCGUACGGUGUAAUGAUAAUGUAAAUAACACGGCAACACACAACUGACGGGCAAAUAUCUACAUUUAAAUUGGAUAUGAAAGGUUCAUUGUGUGUACAUAGCAUUGGCUAAUGUGUUUUUGUUAACAAAAAAUAUUGUAAACGAAAGUGACGGUAGAUAUAAGAGUGGAGGAUAAAGGAUAAACUAGAGAUCAAUGAUGGAACAAAAACAGCUGGAUCUGUACGAGUUCUUGGUGGAGUCAGAACUGCAGCAAUACUACAACUCAAUCAGAAAUGAAUUAAAGAUCUCUAUGGCAUCGCAUCUAAAGUAUGCCAGCGAUGAAGACCUAAAACAGGUCGGUCUCUCCAAGCCGGAAAUUCGUCGUUUACGCAAAUUUUACGAAAAAUUCUAUCCGCAUGGUUAUUUGAGCAAAAUCAAACGUCUUCUCCAAGUACCCGUUACAAAGGAACAUGGAAUUAUUGUUAAUCCAUCCGUAUCAACCGAAACGGCCAAAUCGGUUGAUUCACCAGCCAAAAUUCCUAACAACAAACACAUUAUUCCAGCCGAUUCAAUUUGUGUGAAUAAGCAGCUAGGUAUUGGUGAGUUUGGAAUUGUUCAGCAGGGUGUCUGGACGAAUGGAACGGAAAGGAUUCAAGUGGCCAUCAAAUGUUUAUCACGUGAACGGAUGCAAUCGAAUCCAAUGGAAUUCCUCAAAGAGGCCGCUAUUAUGCACGCCAUCGAACACGAAAACAUUGUUCGACUGUACGGCGUUGUGUUGGACACGGAAUCGCUGAUGUUGGUCACGGAAUUGGCCCAAUUGCGGUCACUGCUGGAAUGUUUGAAGGAUUCGGGAUUGCGGGUCAGUUUUUUGACGGUUCCAACGCUGUGCGAAUUUGCGAUGCAAAUUUGUAGCGGUAUGAUGUACUUGGAAAACAAGCGGUUGAUUCAUCGAGAUUUGGCAUCGCGGAAUGUGCUGGUGUUCAGUAAGGACAAGGUGAAAAUUUCCGACUUCGGAUUGUCGCGAGCGCUGGGCGUUGGCAAGGAUUAUUACCAAACGAAUUUCAAUGUCAAUCUGAAACUGCCAAUAGCAUGGUGUGCACCCGAAUGCAUAAACUUUCUACGCUUCACUAAUGCUUCGGAUGUCUGGGGCUAUGGCGUGUGCUUGUGGGAGAUGUUUUCAUAUGGUUUUCAGCCAUGGCCAGCUUUCACCGGUCAUCAAAUCCUAGAAGCCAUCGAUCAUCCCAAUUGUCAGCGUCUUGAAGCGCCAGAAUGCGCACCUAAGGAAUAUUAUUCGUUAAUGCUGAAGUGCUGGGAGCACAUUGCCAGCAAACGUCCAAAGUUCAGCGAAAUAUACGCCAUGCUACCAGACAUGAAACCGGAGCAAUUGAAAACCGUCGUCGGUUCGACCGAGCCGGCCAAAAAGGAGUUUCUGUUUUAUCGUCAAAACGAGAUCAUAACCGUGCUGGACAAAUGCACAAAUUCGCCUUACUGGAAGGGUGUUCUCAAUUCGGGCAAAACGGGACUGUUCAAUCCGGCCAACACCGUUACGUAUCUGGGCAGUUUGCCGUCGUCCAGCAACCGUGAUUCGUUUUGCCGGUCGAGCGAUCGGUCCAGCAAACGAAAACUUCGCACGGAAAUGAUUUCUCGUCCGCAAAACGAUCUGAAGCACACCGGCCAUGUUGGCCUGGAUGGUGCUUAUUUCGGAGACAUUGCUUUCAUGUCGAGCGUUCAAAAUUACAAUCACGUGCCUCGCCAAAUCGUUACACCAUACAAACCAUCCGAAGAUAUUGAACAAACGCCAUUGUUACUACCUCCAACACCUACCAGUCCAGAUUCAUUACAAACAGCUAGCGGCUACUUUCCGGAAACUAUGAACGCUGCAUUUAACAGUAAUGGAACAGCCUCUUCAUCCAACAACAACGACAAUUUCAGCUCAGUUUUCGAAUUCCCCAAUCGUUCAUCGUCCAACUUCAGUUCGUCAAAUCCGUUCGUUUUUCAUGACAAUGUUCCAUCCGCUCAACGGCAUAACCUAUCUGAAAAUAGUGCGUUCAUGGAAGAAGAAGGCUACACUAAGGAUCAACGACUGAAAAACCUUAACUGGUCGAACAUGAAUGUACCGGAAACAUCGCACGAAUACCACGAAAUAUCCGACGAUGAAAUGGCACCGGACAAAUUCGAUUUGGGGCCGUCACUGCUGGACGAGAUGGACUUUAUGUUUCGGUCGAUGAGUGCCGGCACCGAUGUACCCAGAUCGCCCGACUUUGAGAAUACCAACAAGAAGAACGAAAUCACGGAACUAACGGCAAAGUUGCAUCGUAAAAUCACAGCGCCUGGUUUGUCGGCCACGCUGGGACCGUUAGCGUCGAAGUCGAAAAAGAAAUCCGGUGCAGUGAAACCGAUAUCGAACAAGGACGAAAAGAUUCUGAACCAGGCCAUUGAUUUUGCAAACGAAAUUAGUGCAAGAUCCAUGACCGAUCUGGUGUCCGAAAAUGCUACCGUCGCACAAAGCCCAAAGCGUAAAUUCAGUUUUCGUUUUCCGAAUCUAUCUCAUCAUAGCAGUAUUGACAAAGAUCAGAGUUCUGCGUCAGCCGGUGGACAUGCGUCAAACACGAACACUCCGACUUAUUCGAAUCGAAGUCGCAACUUCUCGGAGGAAAUAAAGAAUGUUCCAGAUCUGCAGCGCUUCCGGUCACUAACUGAAAUCGAGAAAUAUCAGUCCGACAUUAGAAUCCCAUUGUUCGAUAAAGAGAGUGCCGAUUUUUGCUUUGAAAAGUCCCGUGAACUACUCAGUAAACCCAUUAAUUUAGACGUAAGCGACGGUUGUGAUCCUACCAAAAUAAGUAAAAAGACGCGCGACUUUAUCGGCGAAAACUUACUCGACAUUGAGAAUACGUUGAAAGCGUUGAAUCUAGAUUUCAUGCAAACGUUCAACGAGCUGGAAAAAACCGAUUCAGCUGAAACAUUGUUCGGCGACAUUGGUUACCAAUGUGACGCUCAAGUGAAUCCGAAAAUUCGUAAUUCGGCUGUUAAGCUACCCAAAGCGCAACACAAUUUUAGCGGUGGCGCUAAGGUAGACAUUAGUCCCAAUUCUACAAUUCCGUUCAGCCCGUUGGAUAAACAGCCAUCCAAUUUCAUUAGCGCUCAAUUCUACGGCGAACCAUUCGGCGAUAAAAUCGAAGACAAACGUUCUAGUACACCGGACACUGGCUUCGCAUCUCGUGAAACGAAUACGUCGUCACGUCGCAGUAGUCAGAAAAGCUCAUACAGUCCCCAAGAAUCGCAUUACAGUCCCAGAGAAUUCAAUUUUUCCAAUCAAGACACCCGAGCCUAUAUCAAUGAAAUCGCUCACAACACCAAAAACCAUCCACCGUCACCAAACCGUCCUAGUAUUGUCAACACCAGUAACAAUUCCAUUCAUUCGGUGCAUACGCCAUCCCAAAAUCGUCUACUGGACUUGGAAAAAUCGUUUCCAAGCCGUCAGAGGUCCAUGUCGUUCACCGACAAUUACGACCUAAAAUCGCCGGUACUGUCUGAGCCGCAAAACAAUCGACAACUGAAAUACGGUCCGAGCAUCAUACGCCAAAAGCCACGGAGCUCUGUCGCCUACAAACCGAAAAGUAUUAAAGCGCGUAAUCUGCGGCGACUCAGCUACAACCCAAUUGUUCUGGAAAGUAGCUCUUCAUCAAGCAGUGAAAAUGAGUUUGAUCGCAGCAUAGCCCAUUCCGAGUGUGACAUCCGAUCGACCACAGUAACUUCUCGUCGUCGUCGGCAGUACCUAAAUCGUAAAUUGAACGACAGUUCGAAUGCGCCCGAUAAACUGUAUGGUUCCAAUACCAGCAUCAAGAGCGCCCCUCAGUACAAUUACGUUAGUGAUAGACAAGUGCACAAUUACUUAGAUCAGAAAUUUAGUUUCGGUUACGGUUGUGAGGAUGGUGGUCUUUUCGGCGGCUACAACGAAGGUCCGAUAAUCAACGGAUCGGGUAAAGUUGUCCAUCCAAGAGGCGGCGGCGGCUUUGAAGCGAAAUCCAAAGAGCCGCCAAUGACACACUUCAAUCGCAACAUUUUGUUUUCCGAAUUCGACGUGAGUAAAUUGACCGGAAAAAGUCCGACGACUCAAAGCUUUCUGCAGGAAAUGUUUCCGGCUGGCGAAAGUAAAGUCAGCAAAUCGUCUCCGGGUUUUCAAUGGCCUGAGAAGAUCCACGCGUCGACAGUGAAGCAGAAUGAUUUAAUGUGGCGCCAACAGAAUACUACCGUUGCGAAUCCACCGAAAAUUGCACAAACCCCUUACACUAGUGAUAGUUCCAGUACGGAAACAGAUAUUGUGGCCGAUUUUCCAGAAUAUCAACCGAUCCGUAUGCCACCCAGUCCAGCACCAUAAUUUAGAUAAGAUAGCUUUUAUCCCAGCACUGCUUCUAGCAUGAACAUGGAAAAUAUUCGGAGGCUGAUGAAAUGACUGUAGGCAUUGUAUGAGCUAAAAUAUGCAAUACAAACAAUCCUAAGCGGCAGCUCUCAUCACUAAAACCUCCAAAUUUAACACUUGCCAAUUGAGUGGUCAUGCUAGUAGCAGUGCUGUGCCUUUAUGAAUAAUAAUCAGAUUUUAAGAUCCGCCACAUUUUGGAGAGGGUUAUUUAGUGGUUUCAAAUGUCAUUAUACGUAAACAGUUAAACGUUUCAUUUUUCGUUGAAAAAUUAUUUUUUCAACAAUUUGGUCUAAAUCGAAGGAAUACAAAGAUUAAGUAAUUUAGAUAUUUCUGACAAUUAAAACAAAAUUAUAUGUAAAAUAAUGUAACUUUUAGGGAGCGUUCACUUCUUUUACCACUGCUCUGUCAGCUAAAACUCAGGGUUACUCGGGAUUUUAUCAUCAAGAUUAUGCCUUUCCUUGGGCUGUAAGUAUGAGAACCUAAUUAGAAUAUUGACGAAUCACGAGUCUCUCGCUUUCUUUCAACAGUACACAGCCCUUUCUCAAGUAAACGGAAGUUGAAGCGAAGCGCAUAGUGUGUCAUUGAAUGAAUACAUCUGACUAUGGCGGUCCAAUAUUACCACCAGAAAAUAUUGACAUUCAAGUGCUUUAACCAUUCGUAAUAGAUCACUAAAAUGACCGCUGGCGUGACGAUCGACGGUU